UCGGCAGUCAAACGCGUGCACUGGCAAUUUUUACAAAUUCAGCGAUUGUUUAAAUAAAAUCAGUGAGCAAUGCAAUGAGGUAGCGAAGAUUGUUUUUGCAGAAUAUCAUUCCGUAUUGACGUCGCCCUGACGUGUUUUUCCCGACUUUCCAAUCAAUUUAAUCUGCCUACGAAAGCAGCUUAAACGCUAGGUGCAUAUCAUGUCUACGGGUCUCAAGUGCCGCAACUGCGGCUCUAAUGAGAUAGAGGAGGACAGUGCACGAGGAGAUCGGGUGUGCAUGAACUGCGGAUCUGUUCUGGAGGAUUCGCUUAUUGUCUCUGAAGUACAAUUCGAGGAACUGGGCCACGGUGCCGCCGCCAUUGGCCAGUUUGUUUCGGCCGAGUCAUCGGGAGGCGCCACCAAUUACGGCUAUGGAAAGUUUCAAGUCGGUUCGGGCACAGAGUCGCGUGAGGUGACAAUAAAAAAGGCCAAGAAGGACAUAACGCUCCUGUGCCAGCAGCUGCAACUGUCGCAGCAUUGCGCGGACACGGCCGUCAACUUUUUCAAAUUGGCUUUGAAUCGAAAUCUGACCCGUGGCCGGAGGAGCACCCACAUCUAUGCGGCCUGUGUCUAUAUGACCUGUCGUACGCAAGGCACGUCCCACCUGCUCAUUGAUAUUAGCGAUGUGCAGCAAAUCUGCUCGUACGAGCUCGGUCGUACCUACUUGAAGCUAUCGCACGCCUUGUGCAUCAACAUACCAUCUGUCGAUCCCUGCUUGUAUAUUAUGCGCUUUGCAAAUCGCCUGCAGUUGGGCUCCAAGACCCAUGAGGUGUCCAUGACGGCAUUGCGGAUUGUGCAGCGCAUGAAGAAGGAUUGUAUGCAUUCUGGCCGUCGACCCACGGGCCUUUGCGGUGCAGCCUUGCUAAUUGCUGCUCGUAUGCACGACUUCAAUCGCACCAUCGUCGAUAUAGUGGGUGUGGUCAAGAUCCACGAGUCGACGCUACGGAAACGUCUUUCUGAGUUCGCAGAGACCCCUUCCAGCGGUCUCACGCUUGAGGAGUUCAUGACGGUGGAUCUGGAGCGUGAACAGGACCCUCCGUCGUUUAAGGCUGCGCGCAAAAAGGAUCGGGAGCGCAUCAAGGAUAUUGGAGAGUUUGAGCUGACGGAACUGCAGAGACAAAUAGAUGCGCACUUGGAAAAGGACCUGGAGAAAAAUACUAACACUAUGCUGCGAAAACUGACAAAGUUCACGGAAGUGGAAGCUACUGAUAAGGGCUCAGUUGCCUCCAACCGAAUCGCUGAAAACGAGAUUGAACUUGAAGAGUCACGGCAAUUCAUCGAGCAAUCAAAUGCUGAGGUGAUUCAGCAUUUUAUUGAUAGCAACACGGAGCAGAAGACUGAUGCAACGCACAACAUGGUCGCUGCCAACAUUGAGGGACUGCGACCCGACAUUGAAGCUAUAUGUCGGGUAACACAAAGCGAUUUGGAAGAUGUGGAGCGUGCCAAGCAGUCGGAGGAAACUGAACUUUAUGUGGAAGAUCUAAAUGAUGACGAGUUGGAUCAGUAUGUGCUCACUGAGGAGGAGGCACUGACGAAAAUGGACAUGUGGAAGAAUUUGAAUGCGGAAUAUUUGCAAAAGCAGAAGGAGCGCGAGGAGCUCUUGGCCAAGGAGCGUGAGGAGGGUAAGCCGGAGAGAAAGAAGCGUAAGCCUCGUAGGAAACCUAUUGGGCCAUCCACUACGGCUGGAGAAGCCAUUGAGAAAAUGCUGCAGGAGAAGAAAAUUUCGAACAAAAUCAAUUACGACAUCCUUAAGACGUUGACCGAGGGCAUGGGUGCCGCGGGCGAGCCGGUGGCGAGUGGCAGCGAUGCAAACAGCAAACCGAUUACAUUAGACGAGCUGCAGCUCACGCCCAUCAUAGUGGAGGAGGGUCCGAUAAAGACCAAGAGGGGUCGUAUUAAACCUGCUUUCGACCUACCCGGGCCAAGUCGAAAACGUGGUCGUGCUGAGGCCAGUCUGCCUACGGCUGACUUGACGCCCAAACAGGCGGACACUGCGGAGCCAGCGGUGGUGUUGGAAGACCAUGAUGAUGCCGAGUACGACGAUGUGGACGAAGCGGACGAUGUCCAUGUCGAGCCUGAAGCAGAGCCAGAAGCCACCCUCCACGAUAUGCUUAACAAAGGAGCUGUUGGGGAUGACGAUGAGUACGGAUACGGCUUUGAAGAGGAGGAGUAUUAGCUUGUAGAGUUUGCAUUUAGUAUAAACUAUUCUAUAAUUUUUGUAUGGUAUUUGUGUUUCUAUGCACCUUAACUCAUAUUGUAUUUAGACUAAGUGCUAGAUUUAGUCCCAGAUGGAUAAUUUAUGAAUUAAUAACGGAUACACAUAAUAAUUACUCAAUUAAAAAAAUAAGAUUUUAUUGCAA